AUGAAGACCUUCGUCUUCAUCAACGCCAAGGCCGAGAAGGCUUUCCUCAAGAAGAGCAACCCCCGUAAGGUGCUCUGGACGACCGUGUACAGGCGCAUCCACAAGAAGGGCACCACCACGGAGGUCCAGAAGAAGAAGACCAGGAAGGUCGUGAAGGUGCAGAGGGACAUCGUCGGUGCCACCCUCGACCAGAUCAAGCAGAAGCGCGCUCAGAGGCCUGAGAUCCGUGCUGCCGCUAAGGAGGCUGCCCUCAAGGAGAUCAAGGAAAGGCAGAAGAAGAAGGAGGACCUCAAGAAGAAGGCUGCCCCCGCUCCUGCCAAGGGUGCUAAGGGCAAGAAGGUUGCUGCCCCCAAGGCUACCAAGGCCAAGGCCCCUAAGGCUCCCAAGGGCCAGAAGGGCCGCUAA